CAUACAGCCUAGAGCACGCACAAAAGGCUGCACGCCGGAUUUGGGCGGGCGGCGUGCCGCAUGCCCUGGGGCGCAUUAGAAGCAUGGAGGGGCGGCUGCGAGCCAGGAGGAGCUCCCAGUGCGUAUAAAUCAGCCUCUCGACGAGGGAUAGGGCCAAGGAACCCAAUCUCCGAGCACCGAUACUCCCGGGCCCAAGCAAUCCUACUGCCCCCGCCCCCGCUCUUCGACGAAAGACACUAACCAAAGAUGAUGUCGACGCCUGCGCAACCUACCUUCAGCACUCGCGCCGCUGGUAAGGCUCGGGCUUCUGAUGUUGGCAUCCGAUCGCGCAUGACGCAGGUCCAAGCUCAGGUCCAGGUAGCCCAGCGGCGCGCCGCGCUCGCUGUUCGUCAACCGACGACGGUGUCGCCGCACCAGCUGCACAGGCGAUCGCCGUCCGCAAGCGCGGUACUUGACUUUUGCCCGAGCGAGUACCGCGAGACGACCGCUUCUCAGCAAAGAGGAGAGCUGGCCGGCCCCGUUUCCAAACCGAACGUCAAGGGCCGGCCCAGCGACGUGGAUCUCCGUCACGGAACCAUGUACGUCAACUGGGUGCAAAAAGCCGUUCUGGCACGCCUGUCGCAUAUACCCCUCAUGGAUGUACCGCCAGAGGAGGAGUCUGAGUACCGCGGGAUGUACAACGUGCUGUGGACACACAUCGCAGAGAUGGAGCCGCUCCUGCCGCUAUAUGCUUGUUGGAUGGCGGAGGACACGAUCAAGCAGCUCGUCACUGCCAACGCGGUCGUGAAGCAGCAAAAGCUAUAUCUUGCGUCGGAGAGCCCCCGCUUCAUCAUCGACCUGCAGACGGUCACGCUAUUCACGCGGCAGAUUGAAAAGCUGAAGGAAGCAAUUGCCGAGAGGCAAAGAGCGAUGCAGCGCCAGGCAGCAGAGCACGGACAGAAGUAGGGAUGCUGAUGAGAGCGUC